UAAUGUAAUAUAGUUAGAGUGGGAGUGGAGGUAAGAGCCAGCCGUUAGGAUGGACUCGCUGUUAAACCUUCCGUUCGUCACUUACUUAUUUAUUUACUUGCUAUGUACUUCGUGCAUCUCCAGCAGGAAGUAGUGAUUAAGCAGCCAACAACCAUUAAAUUUGAAGAGGUAUAAGAACUGGUGUCUUUCUCUCUUUUUUUCAAUGAACUGAAAAUAGUUCCUAAAUUUUAGAUCGCGUGUGAUAUGCAUGUUGGAAUUUUUAAUGUUGAUUGGUGGAGCAACUGCACCCUGGUUAAGUACUGGUUUGCAUCAAAUACACGCUAGGCUACCUUUCCCUAUUAUGGCUACUCUAUGCGCACUAGCUGGUUGGAUUACUACGAUGUUGAAAGAGACAAAAGAUACUCCCACGCCUGAGCUACUAGAUGAUCGUAAAGCAUCCACUAGAAUAAAAUCAUUGGUAGAUAACGUUCGAGAUAGCCAUUCAAUAAGCAGCAGUCGUACAGGUUCUGAAAACAGAUUGAGUUUGAUAUACGAUGCAAAACAAACAACAGUUCUCUAAAGAAAUGAAACAAAA